CAUCCACCAAGUCUUGCCCCCGCACAGCUCUAACGACAGAGACAGCAGCAGAGAUGGCCAAGCGAGGAGCCGACAACCAGCUGACAAAGGACGACCACGAGUCGGACGGAGACGACCCGGGACAGCGCGAGGAGGCACUCAGGCCCAUCGCGGGCAGGCAGUACGUGCAGCUCACGUCUGUAGAUGGAUCAGCUGCUAACAGUGACAGGAUCCGCGGGCUUCCAAAGCGCAAGGGCGCUGCCCCCGCCGCCGAGGCUGCGCCCGGAGCUCCAGCCCCAUCGACAUCAGGCUUUGGCGGCUUCGGUGCACCCGCCGCCGCGACUGCGUCGUCGUCGACACCGUCGUUCGGGUUCAGCGCCAGCAACGGUGCCGGAAGCAGCGGCUUCUCGUUCGGAGCCAAGCCUGCUGCCGCUGCUGCUCCGGCGGCGGCGGCGGCCCCACCCCCGGCUUUUGGCGGCUUCUCGUUCGGCAAGCCCGCCGCACCUGCUGCUGAGCCACCAAAGGCCGCUGCGGCCGCGCCGGCGCCGUUCGGCGGCUUCUCGUUUGGCAAGGCGCCAGCCGCGACUCCGGCUCCUGCGGCCGCUGCGCCGGUCGCGCCGCCCACUGCCCAGUUCACGUUCGGAAAGAAGCCUGCAGAGACCGCCCCCAUCGCACCCCCGAAGGAGGUCGAGCCCGCCCCAGCUGCCGCUGCUCCUCCUAAGGCGUUCGGAGGCUUCUCGUUUGGCGCGCCGAAGGCUGCUGCGCCGGCCGCUGCUGCCCCGGCGCCUGCAGCCGCCGCCCCAUCACUCUCUUCCCUCCCCGCCGCGCGCGCUCCAUCUUCUGGGAACCCAAAGUCCCCGAUCGCGCCCGCUGCCCCAGCAUUCCGCUCCUCAUCUGGGCCCGGGCCCUCGCAGGCGACACCGCCGGUCGAGGGAGAGGUCUCCUACUACACUUCGCUCCGCGGUCUCAACAACGCGUUCCUGUCGUUCGUGUCGCACGAGCUGAACAGCAAUGAGUUCCUGAACCUCACCAAGGCGCUGCCGGGCCUCCUGUCACAGUACGAGGCGCACCUAGAUGCGGCUGCGGCCAAGGCCGGCUGGACGCCCAAGGCUGAUGCGGAGAAGACCAACGGUUCUGCUGCUCCACCUGCUGUCUCAGCCCCCGCCCCUGCCAAACCGCCAGCUGCCCCUCUCUCGUUCGGACAGCCUGCUACAUCGUCGUCUGCUCCUGCAGCUCCUGCUGCGGCCAAGCCGUUCAGCUUUGGUGAUCCUGCAGCCACUGAGGCACCGAAGAAGGCUUCGUCGGCGGCUAACCAGCUCGCAGCUGACAUCUUGGCUGAGGAUGAUGCCGCAAGCAAGGUGAAGGAGCCUGAGGCACCCGCCGCCGUCUCCACGCCUGCAAAGUCUGGUUCGCUGUUCUCGUUUGCCCCGUCGGCGCCGCUUGCUCCCACCACGCCUGGCAGCAAGACCUUUGUUCCAUCAGCUUCAACAACGAGUGCAGGCGAGCCUCCGGCCAAGCUCGGCAAGUUUGGCCCCGACGGCAGCAACCCACAGUUGUCAUUUGGCGGUGCCAAGGCGACUCCUGCCAGUACAACUGCCACCAGCCCACCCGCCAAGGGAGGCUUCUCGUUUGGCUCGCCCGCUGGAGCCAGCGCCGGAUUCAGCUUUGGAGCAAGCAGCAGCGGCAGCACACCGGCGGCAGGCACCAAGUCGCCUCCCAAGGCGGCUGCGUUCUCGUUCGGUAGCAGCGGCGGCGCCGGCGGAUCGUCUGCGUUCAGCUUUGGCUCGAGCUCGGCCGCACCUGCACCUGCUGGUGGUGCCAAGCCGUUCGCCUUCUCGCAGACUCUUUCGACCCCAGCAGCUGCCCCGUUCUCGUUUGGCGGUGCUUCGUCAUCAACUCCAGCGUCAUCCUCCCCGGCGGCUCCUGUUCCUGCUACGGCCGCUGAGCCGAUCGAGGUCACCAAGAACCUCGCUGACACUGUUGGCGAGGGUGAGGAGGGCGAGGAGACCAUUGCCGAGCAGAGAGGCAAGCUGCACAAGCUCGAGGACGGCAAGUACGUUGUCGUCGGUCUGGGACAAUUCAAGUUGAAGAGCAACAAGGCCACCGGCAAGAGGCGUUUGUUGAUGCGCGCCGACGGAAGCGGGUCGGUUGUUCUUAACAUGGCUGUCGGCAAGUCUCUUGAACCAACGGCCGAGGGGAACAACAUGAAGUUCUUAGGCUUUGACCUUGCCGGCAGCAUGAAGCCCUUCCUCCUCCGUGUCAAGACGGCCGAGGCUGCGGCCGCCAUCGCGGCGGCGAUCAAGAAGGAGGUUGAGGCGCUCAAGGCUUGAGCUGGUACCGGAUGUGCAUAUUAGGACCGAGUGACCUCGACUACUUUGGGUUUAGAGCUGCUACUAUAUGUAAAGUGGGACCAGACAACCCUGGCACGGCGAUCA